AUGGCAGCUGCCGUCGCAAAGCCGGCACCACCGGCCACGGUUACGCUCAGCGCCGCCGCCUACCCCCAUCUCAUUGAGUCGAUCCUCUCCAACAGUGAGAGACCGGUUCUCAUCGCGUUCCGUUCUACAUCGCGCCAAUAUCUCAACAAGGUCGAUGCCAUCCUCGCUCGCCAUAUCGUCAUCUCGGCACCGGUGGAGCUCGAGACUACCGACUUGAUCAUCACCGCCAAGCGCGGCCCCAGGCUACCCACGUUCAUUGGUAUCGACGAGGACUUACACCACCCCUUGCCUGGAGCCAAGCCAGCAUUACCUCCACCUCCCCCGGCUGCAUCGCCUUGGGACGGUCCUGCGGCUCUCGUUGAUGGGAUCAAGCUCAGUGAUGACGAAGAGCCGGUCCCUAAUGUGCGGCCAACGGACCCCCCCGACCGAAAGCGAUGCAAGAAGCUGUUGUCUCUUGCGCGCAUCAUCGACCUUGUCGGUCCUCUCCCCGUGUGCAACCUCAAUGCAGCGGCGCUGUCAUUCAGACACCCCCACACGGUGCGCCUUCUACCUGACCAGCACGGAGAGUACGCGUCGACGAUGGUAAUCCGCCGGACUGAGCGACUCGUCCUCACCGCUGGCGUGAUCUUGCCUAGAAAGGACGUUGCCCUCAGUGGCUUGCCGCCCAGCAAAGGGCACGAAUAUGACCAUUACCGGCACCUCACUCUUGGCGCUGGCGCUGGCGGGCUGUCCGUUGCUACGCAGCCCAUGCGACUUGUGGGCCUCGACGGGGGCGUGAAGCGGAUAGUCGUCAACGCGCGGUACGCGCCAGGCUCCUUCCACGACCCGGCUCUCUUCAUCGAGCGACUUAUCCGUCUUUCACCCCAAACGAACCGGCCGGGGGAGAUCGUCUACUUCGCAUCGUCCGACAACACGGGCGCCGACCUGCCGGCGAAGACAUAUCUAUCAUAUCUGGACCGCUUCACCAUCCUCAUCAACUUGGCCGUCUACGCCGUGAACCACAAAGUCAAGUUCACCAUUGUGGGCCUCGAAAGCGUACUUCCCGCUUGGAUCGGCCUUUCGGCAGGAGCGAAUGUCGAGCAGAGCGUGCGGGAUAGCGUGAAGCGCGAACUCCGGCAGCUCUACGACCUGCCACUGAGCUACGGCACUGGAACAUGGGAAGUUGCACUAGGCAGUGAUCUCGAGUCCGCUCUCGGCGCGUUUGCGGUAUCGAGCUUGAAGUGCUGGGCAGCGACGGUGACCCCAGAGACGUUUGAUAUCGAGCUGGGCUUGUAG